GUACUGAGAGAGAAAGGGAAAGGGUAAGGGAAAGAGGUGGGAUGAUCAAUUAUGGCCGAGCAGCAGUCCUCGCGUCUCCACCGCCUGCUCACUCUGUUGGAUACUGGUUCCACCCAAGCAACAAGAUUUACAGCUGCUCGGCAGAUAGGGGAUAUUGCCAAAUCACAUCCUCAGGACUUGACCUCUCUUUUGAAAAAGGUUUCACAAUACCUUCGUAGCAGAAACUGGGACACAAGGGUUGCUGCUGCUCAUGCAAUUGGGGCAAUUGCGGAGAAUGUUAAGCACACCUCUGUAAAUGAACUCUGUGCUUGCAUUCAAGCAAAAAUGUGUGAUGCUGGGAUUUCUGGUGCUGUUGAGGACAUGCUUACUUUACCAAUGUUUGAUUCUAACAUUGCAGGCACGUCUUUCAGAAGCUUUGAUCUCAGCAAGGUUUUGGAGUUUGGUGCGCUGUUGGCAUCCCGAGGACAGGAGUAUGAUCUUGCAAGUGAUAAUACUAAGAACCCAAGAGAGAGAUUGGCUCGACAGAAACAAACACUUCGACGUCGUUUAGGUUUGGAUAUAUGCGAACAGUUUAUGGAUAUGAAUGAUAUGAUAAAAGAUGAGGACCUAAUCUUGCACAACUCCCAUGGGAAUGGGAUUAAUCCAAGAGUUUAUUCCUCACGUAAUAUCCAACAGUUGGUUGCAAACAUGGUUCCGUGUGUCUUAUCUAAAAGGCCAAGUCCAAGGGAAUUGAAUCUUCUAAAACGAAAAGCAAAAAUCAAUUCAAAAGACCAAUCUAAGGGGUGGACUGAGGAUGGAGAUAUGGAGGUGGCCUGUGCUCAAAGUAUGCCGACACCGAGGGGUCCAAGUCCUGAUUCAUUUGGUACUAUUAAGGAAUUUCUGGACUUUGAUCAUGAUGAGGAAAACCUCGAACAAGAUGGAGAUGGGCGGUGGCCUUUUCAUAGUUUUGUUGAGCAACUCAUCCUAGACAUGUUUGAUCCAGUUUGGGAAGUACGCCAUGGAUGUGUGAUGGCUUUGAGGGAAAUUUUAACCCAUCAGGGUGCUUCUGCUGGAGUAAUUAUGCCUGACUUGAGCCUGGAUAAUGUACAGUUGGUUGAUUUAAAAAGUAAAUGGACAUCACAGACAAUGAAGAGAAGCAGAGAGAUUGAUUUGAAUGUGCAAGUUCCAGUUGAUGAAUCUCGAACAGUGGUGAAGAAGCCGAAGUUUGAAGAUGUUUCAUGUCCAUUUGUGGAAACAAUGGUCUCUGCUAGUAAUAAUGGGAAUGUUGAUAUCAGUAUCCAGGUUCAAGAUGCUAGGUGUAAUUUGCCUUCUCAGCAGGUUAACGGUCCACUUUGUGUCAGCUCUCUAAAGAUGGAGCCUGAAUUGUAUCCAUGUGAGCAACCUGUCAGUACCACUGAGUUGAAGUAUGAGGCAUCCUCUCAGAAAAUGGAUCUGCUGAGAAGUUUCACCGAAAAUAAUGAGCUGGUGAAUUUGGUUAAACUGGUCAGGCAUUCAUGGCUUAAAAAUUGUGAAUUUCUUCAAGAUUGUGCGAUUCGUUUCCUGUGUGUAUUAUCGCUAGACCGUUUUGGAGAUUAUGUCUCUGAUCAGGUAGUUGCUCCCGUACGUGAAACCUGUGCACAAGCAUUGGGUGUUGUGUUCAAGUUCAUGCAUCCAACAUUAGUUCUUGAAACAUUGAAUAUCUUGUUGAAGAUGCAGUGUAGACCAGAAUGGGAAAUUCGUCAUGGAAGCCUUUUGGGUAUUAAGUAUUUGGUGGCCGUGCGGAAGGAAAUGCUACAUAACUUACUUGAUAGGGUGCUCCCUGCGUGUAAAGCUGGCCUAGAGGACCCUGAUGAUGAUGUUCGAGCAGUAGCUGCAGAUGCCCUAAUUCCUACGGCAUCUGCUAUUGUCGCAUUAAAGGGUCAAACAUUGCAUUCUGUGGUGAUGCUUCUAUGGGAUAUAUUACUUGAUUUGGAUGAUUUAAGUCCAUCCACCAGCAGUGUAAUGAAUCUCCUGGCAGAAAUUUACUCCCAAGAAGAGAUGAUCCCAAAGUUUUUUGAGGCCACAUCUUUGAAAGAGAACGUGGAUUUUGACUUAAAUGAACUGGAUCGCAUUGAUGAUUCCAAAGAAGGAAUAAUGUCACAGGAUAAUCCUUUCAUGCUAUCUACACUGGCGCCACGGUUGUGGCCUUUUAUGAGGCAUAGUAUAACAUCAGUCCGUUAUUCAGCCAUCCGCACUUUGGAGAGACUGCUUGAAGCAGGAUACAGAAGGAACAUAUCUGAGGAUUCAAGCUCUUCUUUUUGGCCUUCCUUUAUCCUGGGUGACACUCUCAGGAUUGUUUUUCAGAAUUUACUACUUGAAUCAAAUGAUGAAAUUUUGAAUCAUUCGGAGAGGGUUUGGAGGCUCCUUGUUCAGUGUCCAGUAGGGGAGUUGGAAAGUGCUGCAAGGUCAUAUAUGUCUUCUUGGAUAGAACUUGCAACAACUUCAUAUGGUUCCGCUUUAGAUUCGACAAAAAUGUUUUGGCCUGUCACUCUUCCUCGAAAGAGUCAAUUUAAAGCAGCAGCUAAAAUGAGAGCUGUGAAGCUCGAAAAUGAGUCUUCUGGAAACCUUGGCUUCGAAUCAGCAAGGGGCUCCAUGUCACAAGAAAAAGCUGGAGAUGCUUUAACCAAUAAUGUCCAGAUCAUUGUUGGUGCAGAUGUUGAAUUGUCUGUAACUCAUACCAGAGUGGUUACAGCAGCAGCACUGGGAGUUUUUGCUUCUAGAUUACAGGAAGGCUCAAUACAGAAUGUAAUUGACCCGCUGACGAAUGCUCUCACAUCUUUAUCUGGUGUCCAGCGGCAGGUAGCAUCUAUGGUUCUUAUCUCGUGGUUCAAAGAGACUAAAAGUAAAGGUGUAUUUGAUAUCAACAGAGUCAUACUGGGUUUUCUAAACCAUAUCAGAAGUUGGUUAUUGGAGUUGUUAGCUUCUUCUGACCCUGCUAAUCCUACAAAAGGUUCACUUCUUCCUUACAGUGAGCUUUCUAAAACGUAUAGUAAGAUGCGUGAUCAGGCUAGUCAGUUGUUACAUACUGUUGAGUCAUCGGGCAUGUUUGAGAGCUUCUUGUCCACUAAUAAAAUUCAUUUGGAAAGCUUGAGCGUGGACGAUGCGAUUAAUUUUGCAUCAAAACUUUCAAGGUUGUCUAAUGAUACUGUUGGGAAUGAUUCUUUGGAAAGGCAUGUUGUUGAUGGUAUAGAGUCAGCAAAGCAACAACUUUUGACAACAUCAGGAUAUUUAAAAUGUGUGCAGAGCAAUCUGCACGUUGCUGUCUCCUCCCUUGUGGCGGCUUCAGUUGUUUGGAUGUCACAGCUUCCUUCACGACUAAAUCCUAUUAUCUUGCCUCUAAUGGCUUCCAUAAAAAGAGAACAGGAGGAAGUUUUGCAACAAAAGGCAGCUGAGGCACUUGCAGAGCUUAUUUCUGAUUGUAUUUCUCGCAGGCCUAGCCCAAAUGAUAAGUUAAUCAAGAAUAUUUGUAAUUUAACAUGCAUGGAUCCUAGUGAGACACCACAAGCUGCAAACCUCAGUUCCGUAGAUAUUGUUGAUGAUCAAGACCUUUCUUUGGGGACUAAUAGUAGUAAGCAGAAAACAAAGAUUCAUAUGGUAGCUGGCAGUGAAGACCGUUCAAGGGUUGAAGGCUUUAUUAGCAGACGAGGUUCUGAGCUUGCAUUGAGACACCUUUGUAUGAAGUUUGGCAAUUCAUUAUUUGAUAAGCUUCCUAAACUAUGGGAUUGUCUCACGGAAGUUCUAAAGCCUAGUGGUAAUGAGUCCCUUAAUCUGGAAAAUGAAGUUAUAAUUAUACAAGCUAUGGAAUCUGUCAGGGAUCCCCAGCUCUUGAUAAACAAUAUCCAGGUGGUACGUUCUAUAGCUCCUUUGCUAAAUGAGGAUUUAAAACCAAAAUUGCUUACUCUGCUUCCAUACAUUUUUAACUGUGUGCGACACUCUCAUCUUGCUGUUCGAUUAGCUUCGUCUAGAUGCAUCGCGUCUAUGGCCAGGUCCAUGACAAUACCUGUGAUGGGAGCUGUAAUAGAAAAUGCUAUCCCAAUGUUGGGGGACGCGACAUCUGUUAAUGCUAGACAAGGUGCAGGCAUGCUUGUUAGUUUGAUUGUUCAAGGACUGGGUGUAGAAUUGGUUCCAUAUGCUCCUUUGUUGGUUGUUCCUCUUCUAAGAUGUAUGAGUGAUUGUGAUCAGUCUGUCAGACAGAGUGUGACACACAGUUUUGCUGCCCUUGUACCUCUUCUUCCUCUAGCUCGUGGCCUCCCUCCACCUGUUGGGCUAAGUGAAGAUUUCUCCAGAAGUGCAGAAGAUGCAAAGUUUCUAGAACAACUACUUGACAACUCUCAUAUUGAUGAUUACGAGCUUUGCACUGAACUCAAAGUGACCCUGAGGAGGUAUCAACAGGAAGGUAUAAAUUGGUUGGCUUUCUUAAAACGGUUUAAGCUUCAUGGAAUCUUGUGUGAUGAUAUGGGUCUUGGCAAAACACUUCAAGCAUCGGCUAUUGUGGCUUCUGACGUAGUUGAACAUCGGUUUUCAAAUGAUAGCAAUAUCCCACCAUCUUUAAUUAUUUGUCCAUCAACUCUUGUUGCACACUGGGCCUUUGAGAUAGAGAAGUACAUUGAUGAUUCCGUUUUGUCCACUCUUCAAUAUGUUGGCUCUGUUCAAGAUCGCUCCAGUCUGCGAGAAAAGUUUGAUAAGCAUAAUGUGAUAAUAACAUCAUAUGAUGUGGUGCGGAAAGAUAUUGACUAUCUUGGUAAGCUUCUCUGGAAUUAUUGUAUCUUAGAUGAAGGACAUGUCAUCAAGAAUGCGAAGUCAAAAAUAACACUUUCUGUGAAGCAAUUGAAAGCCCAUAAUCGCUUGAUACUAAGUGGAACACCAAUUCAGAAUAACAUAAUGGAUUUGUGGUCCCUUUUUGAUUUUCUGAUGCCUGGGUUUCUUGGAACAGAGAGACAGUUCCAAGCCACUUAUGGAAAACCACUGGUGGCAGCGAGGGACCCUAAAUGCUCAGCCAAGGAUGCUGAAGCAGGAGCACUUGCUAUGGAAGCAUUGCACAAGCAGGUGAUGCCUUUCCUCCUUCGACGAACAAAAGAUGAAGUCUUGUCUGAUCUUCCUGAGAAAAUCAUUCAGGAUAGAUUCUGUGAGUUGAGCCCUGUACAGUUAAAAUUGUAUGAACAGUUUUCUGGUUCACAUGUACGACAAGAGAUAUCAAGUAUGGUAAAACUUAACGAAUCAGCGGAUACCGGAGGGCGUACUGAUUCACCCCAAGCAUCGUCACACGUUUUUCAAGCACUUAAGUACUUGCUUAAACUUUGUAGCCAUCCUUUGCUUGUUCUUGGUGAUAAGCUUCCAGACUCUAUUGAUUUCCUUUUGUCAGAGACAUUGCCUGGAGUCUCUGACAUCAUUUCGGAAUUGCAUAAGCCAUACCACUCUCCCAAACUGGUUGCACUUCAGGAGAUUCUGGAAGAGUGUGGAAUAGGUGUUGACGCUUCUGGUUCUGAAGGUGCUGUAGGUGUUGGGCAGCACAGAGUGUUGAUUUUUGCUCAACAUAAAGCAUUUUUGGACUUAAUUGAAAGAGACUUGUUUCAUACUUAUAUGAAGAGUGUUACUUACUUGCGGCUGGAUGGGUCAGUUGAACCUGAGAAACGUUUUGAUAUUGUUAAAGCUUUUAAUUCAGAUCCUACAAUUGAUGUCCUACUUCUCACAACUCAUGUUGGUGGGCUGGGCUUGAACCUGACAUCUGCUGACACACUCGUUUUCAUGGAGCAUGACUGGAACCCAAUGCGGGAUCAUCAGGCCAUGGACAGGGCACACAGAUUAGGUCAGAAAAAGGUUGUCAGUGUCCAUCGUCUGAUUAUGCGUGGCACGCUUGAAGAGAAAGUUAUGAGCCUGCAAAGGUUUAAGCUCUCUGUGGCUAAUGCAGUAAUUAAUGCAGAGAAUGCUAGUAUGAAAACAAUGAAUACAGACCAAUUGCUUGAUCUCUUUGCCACAGCAGAAACAUCUAAGAAGGUAACUUCUGUAUCCAAGUAUCCAGAUGGAAAAUCGGAUGAUGGAGAUGUGAAAUUAACGGGCGCUGGAAAGGGAUUGAAAUCGAUUCUUGGCGGGCUGGAAGAGCUGUGGGAUCAAUCACAAUACAAUGAAGAAUACAAUCUUAGCCAGUUCUUAGCGAAGCUUGAUGGCUGAAGUUCAGCUUUCCACUGUACAGUGUAGCAAGUGAGAACCUAAAAUUUUGACAUUGUAAUUUUAGACCUUUUUCUUUUGGUCCUCCCAAAUCCUUUUUAUUUGUUCAGGGUUUCGGGGGCAAAUUGAUGGAGUGGUUCCACGGUUAAUGGUGGGUGAUAGUUGACUGAGUUUUGGAGGGUAUUUUUCUGAUAUUGUAAAUGAAUCAGCUUCUUUUCCAAUUUAAAUGAACCCUAAAAAAGAAG